AUGUCCAACAAAAUCAUCAACACUGAGGGGAUCUGGCGGAAGCUACGUGUUGACGUAUCAGAAGUGCCGGAGUAUGUUGGUAGUAGUUCUGAGGGCCAGUCUAAGGUUACUGUUGACGUCACCAGGGAUAAGCUUAUUCGAGAGGCGGAUGCUUUCAAGCGCAGCAUUGUAAAGUUUGGAUGUUUCUGUGCCCAACUUGAAAGUGACGAGGAAGUGUCUACCAUCCUCACACCGGUUGGUCGGGAGGUCGCCAACACGUUUGGGGUUUUAUGCACGUGUAUGACGGCAGUUGCCUUGAAGGGAGGGAAGUGUUUGGUUGCUGAAGUGGCUGCCUUGGGUGAUGAUAUUGACAAGCAAGUGGAGAAGCUGAGUGAGGCGGCAGUGCGAAAUAGAGCAGCUGUUAGCAGGAUAUGCGGUGUUAUUCUAGAGCGUAUUCAACGUGUAAAGAAAAUGUCGUUGGGGCCUGCAAGUGCGUGUCGAAAAAUAGUGACAAGACAUGUAAAGUGUAUAGAAGACGCGUUGGAGGAGUUGAGCACUGCAGUGAGGAGAGCAAGGGAGGAAAAAGAAGAUGGAGCUCCUGAUCUAGUAGAUGAGGACGAUGACGAUUUGCUGAAUUUUGAUGAUGAUGAUUUAUUUCUUGUGGAGAGCGCAGGAGCGAUGGUUGAAGCGAUGGGGAGUUUGGUCGUUGAUUUGAAAAAAGAAAUGGUUGAUGAUGCUUUAGCGGAGCGAACGGAAAAAAUUUCGGGAAAAAUUGACGAAAUUGUGAGUUGGAAAAAGAAGGAUGCGGCGAAAAAAUGGGGAGGGUUAGGGAGAGUUUCUUUGGGGGUGCUGACCGUCGCACAGGGGCCUAUUGUGGAGGGGGAAAAGGAUGUGAAUGAACUGCGAAAUCUGAUAGAAAAAUCGCUAAAUGGAAUUAACGUUUGCGAUGUGCCGGACUUUUGCACGGCGUUCAAUAAAGUGACGAAUACGGUGGUGGAGACACUUCGAGAAAGUAAGAGAAAACGGAUGAGUUUGGAGGAAGAAAGUGAUAGAAAAAUGGGAAAAAGAGCCGACUCGUUGGACCGGUGUUUCUUGGCGAUUGUGGACCCUCCUGGGGAGCGUCCGGAAGAGGAAGUGCGGGAAGAUUAUUUUCGGAUUGCCCGAAAAGAGCGCGGGUCGACAUCGUCGGUGUCGAAUGAGGGGAGGGAGAGGAGGUUGAUGAACGAAUUGGAGAAAUUUAUGAUGCCGAAAGUUCAUCGGGGAAGGUCCCGAAAAGAAGAAAAUUUAUGUGUGGAUGAAUUUGAAAUACUCAACGAAGUUGGCAAGGGAACGUAUGGUCAGGUAUUCAAAGCGAUCGAUAAACGGACCCAGCAAUACGUGGCGUUAAAGCGUGUGCUGUUGAAGAAUGAGAAAGAGGGAUUUCCAGUUACUGCAGUCCGUGAAAUAAAAAUACUAAAAAGAUUACAACAUGAAAACGUGGUGCGAAUGUUGGAUGUGGUGUUUGCUAAGCCGACUGACGGGGACAAGCAUAGAGGCUCUGUGUAUAUGGUAUUCGAAUAUAUGGACCACGACUUGUCGGGAGUGUUGGCGUAUCGAUCUCAAAGGACCGAUACAGGCAUGUCCGAUGGGAAUCUGAGGCCUGAUGAGGUGAAGUGUAUAUUCCUGCAAGUGUUGCGAGGGUUGGAUUAUUGUCAUAAACAUAAUGUGGUCCAUCGGGAUUUGAAGUUGUCCAAUUUGCUGUUGGAUAAAUUGGGACAUAUAAAGAUAGCGGACUUUGGGUUGGCGAGAAUUUAUAAAGAGGGAAGGCUCAAUCAAACCAACAGAGUUAUCACUCGAUGGUACCGACCACCGGAGCUGCUAUUGGGCACUACUAUUUAUGAUAGUAAAGUGGACACUUGGUCGGCUGGAUGUAUACUGGCGGAGUUGAUAAGAGGGAAAGCGCUUUUUCCGGGGGAGUCCGAGACGGAAGUGUAUAGAAUGCUAGCAGACACGCUAGGAGCUCCGUGUGAGCAGAUGUGGCCGGCUUGUACACAGUUGCCGAACUAUGCACAGCUGAAUGAAGCUUAUCAACACAUGAGGAAGAUGAUGAGGAAUCCGGAUGAGAUUCUGUGA